GGCGGGCGGCGCGCGCGCUCUCUCAGUCCCUCCGCGGCGUCUCUCGCGAUAACAUGCCUGUCCUGUGGUUCGUGCUUUUAGCGCUCCCCAUACUCGGGGGAGCAGAGAGGUUCAGCUGUCGCGGGCGAAUCCUAGGCGCAUAUUACGCGGACGCUAAAUCGGGCUGUAAGGCGUUCCACGUAUGCGUGCGAGUCGCUGGUGGCGGUGUCAGAGACUUCCGCUUCUUUUGCCCGCCUGGCACCUUAUUCCAUCAAGAAGCUCAGACGUGUACCGACUGGGGAGACGACGACCCAUUAGCAUGCCCGGCUGAUAUCUACGACGGUCAGUUUGAUCUCUACAGGAUCGGAUCUGGUUUUGACACCAAAAAAGUGUCAUCUCGAGGCAACCAAGAAGAAGAGUCCGAGUUCCGACUCCAGAACGCCGAGACUGGCGACCGUCGGCUCCACCAAAACAACGUCGCCUCUAACAGUGCAUCCCAUGACCUUCGCACGGCGCAUUCAUCAGACUUCUUUAGUGGACAACGGGAACGUGGACGCGACGACUACAAUACACCACAAUAUGCACCUUCACCACGUCCGAAGUCUCCGUCGCGUCAAUCCUUCAGAAGAGUCACUACUUACCGCUCCCCUGCAACAACCCAAUACACUACACCUUCCCCUUCCUCAAUACAACCGUCAAGUCCACCUCAAUAUGAUGCCCCACCCAAAAGAAAACUUGUGAGAAAACGCCCCAUCUACGCUUCCACUUUGGCUCCUACCACUUAUACUCAGAGCACAGCGCAGCAACAAUCAUUCUCGUCGCCACAGCCACUGUUCAAUCAACAGCCGCAGCAGUCCCUUCCGCAACAGAAUCAGAAUUUCAAUCACCGAACCCAUCCUCAAAGCAAACCGUCCACAACAACUGUUUCACCGCCAGCGAACGUGCCUCCAGAAUAUAAGGAUGAAUACGUAGAAGUGGCAAGGGUUGCUCCAAAAAAGAACAAAAACAGAUAUAUCCCAAGUAAAGCAACGUCUGCACCGUUCCCGCCGUCGACUUCAGUGCAAAAUAUUAAGCCUAAGGACGGCCUCGUCGAAUUAUACAACUUCGAUGCUCAGUCUACUCCGGGUUUUAACGCGUUGAAAGAAAGUCAACCCUUCAAAGUACGAAACAGCUUUAGUGUUACAGAAGGAUUUAGAGAACAAGACUUUGUACGUACCAAUGCAAAUGCGAACAACGGAAGAAUUACAACUACAACCGUUGACUAUAACACGGCAGCUUCUCGAGGCUUUGCCACCAGCACGCCAGCUUAUAGAAAUUUUAAUAGUGUUUCGUAUCAUGAACCAGAAAAGAAGAACUUUGUUGCAUUCUCAGGAAAUAAACAAAAUUACUUCAAUAAUCCAACUACAACACCAAUUACCACAAUUUAUACGACAUCGCGACCUAACGCUCAUUCAAAACUUAACACCGUUGCAUAUAAUACUAACAUAGCUUUAAAUACUGUCCAGCCGUUUAAUUUUGGAAACGCUGAAGAUGAUGGCCAGUAUCGGCUACCAGAAGGCGAAGAUGACGGUCAAUAUAGACCAGAACUAUACGAACGAGAACUACUUUCAGGAGCUCAUUCUCUGAACAUCGCUGCUAGCGGAAAUAGAUUGCCUAGUGAUCAGAAAAAUGGUCACGAUAAAUCGCAAUCUUUCUUGAAACCGGGUGUUUCUCAAUCCGCUGCUCCCAGACCUUUCAGACCUGCCCCGACGCCGUCCUCAGCAUCACCACAAACAACGACAUAUGCCACCGAUCCGACUUAUACUACAACUUAUAGAGCACCGACUACACUCAACACGCAGCGCUCUUUCGAUUUUUUCCAAACUUAUACUACCACAUCACGGCCUAGCAGCGAACAAACCACUACACAAGGGCCUAUCUUUGCAUCAUCUAGUACUCCAGUUUCGCUUCCCGAACAACGUACUUACUACCGUGCACCGUCGCCACCGACCGCUUCUUCGGUGAAGAAGCCUGUAGCUCCCGUACGGCCCCCCGCCCGUCAAGAUGUUAACAAGGAAGACUCGAGUUACGAUUACGCUUACUAUGACUCCGAUACGGGACUUUCAGAAUACGAUCACGUCAUAGAAGAAUUCGAAAAAACGAAAGGAUCAUCGAGAGCGUAAUUUAAAUUCUUUAAAUUGAAAUCACUGCCAUUAAAUUAGUCGCCUCUUUGGAUAAUUGUAGAGUAUUUCUUAGGUACAAAAGUAAAUACAUGUAUAAGAAUUAGUAACUUUUAUUAAAAAAAAUUCUAGCCAGCUCUAUUUUGAAAGGACCUAUCUGAUACCUAUCUUACGUUAAUAAAGUACAACUUUUGUAAAUAUCUAUUUUCGCCAGACUAAUAUUAAUACUUAUUAGACUGAAGUCGAAACCAGUUUUACCAAUAUCUAAAGAGGCAUAUCCGUAGUUACCCUAAAUUAUUUGUGAUAUUAAUAUGAAUGUUCAUAUUGGGUUAAGAGUAGCUAAAACGUAGUCUUUUCUUACAGCUACUUCGAAUUUGAUAUCGUCUCGAUUUUGUCCAUUUUCGAUAUUUAUUGAGUAAAUUGCGGAUGAACAUAAAACUAUUUCCUAUCCAUGUACAAUAGAGUGUAAGUUAUAAUUGUAGAUUGU